AUGGCAGGGGAAGGGAGUGCAGGGGAGCAGAUUGAUCCCGUCAUUUUGGCCCAAAGAGUAAGGAAGCUUCCUGAGGAGUAUCGUGAAUGCAUUGAUCUGAUGAAGCGAGGAGACUUACCAGAAGCCUGCGUUCAACUAAUUAGUUUGGGCGAAGUACACGUUCAAGAGGUUCGACAGCACAAGCACAUCCUUGGAACCAUGGAGGCAGCGCUUAAGGAUCAAACGGAAAAGGAGCUUCUGUUAGAGCGAACACAGAAUGCGCUCGAAGCUAAACUAAGCAGAAUGGAGACGGAAUUACGGCAUCUACGUAGUCAGAAUGAGGCGAAAACUACAGAAUUACUCCUAUUAAAGCAAACUAUGGAAACUCAAAGCGCCACAAUGGAUGAGGCCUUUCAAGAGAAUUAUGAUAAGUUAGAAAGAUGCUUACUAGAGCGGGAUGAAGAAAUUAGUCGACUUCAAGAAAUAAUCACAGAUAGAGAUCGAGUUAUAGCAACCAGCCAGGCGCAAGUCGCUGAGCAGAAAAAGGACCUUCAACUCAUGCAUGAAAUCAAUGAGAAAGCAAUAGCGCUGUCAGCAAAAGUAGAUGCGUGCAUCAGAGAGCGGGCAAAUAUGGAAGCACUGCUUGUUGAAAAGGACACGAAGAUACAGGAGCUCCAUAACAUCAUCAUAGACAUGGGUGAGAAGUCUCUCCGCGACAAGCAAACCGAGGAUCUGGAGAUAUAUAAGCGUGUUGCUACAAAUUCUGUCUCUCUGGGCCCCGAUGUUCCACUGGAAAAGUCUAUUCGAUUUUCGACCCGCAUAGAGGUAAUAGAAGAGGGAGAAAACGGUGUCAUUGAAAGAAGACAACAAGAACUCAAGAAGCGCCGACGUCGGGUAUCGAAGGUCUCCUUAGGAGACUCUGGAACGUCUACCAGUGAUAACGGUGGCUCAGCUUCAGCUACAGAUCUUGAAUAUGAGUAUAUAGAAUCCGACUCAGAAUCAUCCAAUGACAUAACUAAGGAGACAAUCCAUAGAAAGCCUGUCCACGCGACUACUCAGACUGAGUACAACUUGAAAAUCCACAAGAUCCUUCAAGUGAGCAAUGAGGAUGACAAAGAUCUUAUUAUGGAGCUUAAGAGAGCCCUCCUCAUCAAGAUACGAGAAAUCUAUAAGAUAAAGCUGGGGCUGGGCAUUGUUAACACAGUUCAAGAUGAAAUUCUAAAAUCGGACUUGUUUAAUAGCAAUGUUGUUGAAACACUUGUAUUACAAUCAUAUAGAGACGGGUUAUGGGAGCAGGAUCUAGAGCUAAUGAGAGCGCUGACAACACAAAAUUACAAACCUGUUGACAACACAGAACAACCAGACUUAAAAAAUAACGAAAAGAAUGAGAUACAUAUCAAUAGAAAUGCAAUUAAAUCACUUGUUUCAUUGUUGCCAGUGUCUAUACCCGAUAGUCUUUGGGAAAUAAGAUGCAAUCAGGCGAUGAUGAGACAACACGAGCUAGAGGCAGAGAUCCACCGUCUUGAGCGUUUGAAUUCGCGAUUGUGUGCAGAUAUUCAUGCUAUUAUCACUGAGCAGGAUAGCAUGUACAAGCUAGUGAAGGAUAACAAAGAUACGCGUGGGAAACAAAAGCUUAUUACAUCAGUUAAUAAGUCCCAAACUUCCGCUGAGGGCUCCUCUGAUGCAUCUACCCUGUCAACGCAUAGCGCGAUAGUAUCCCGCAUGAACACCCAUAUCAGCUCCAUCCUCAAUCCGCCGCUAUCUAGCGGACACGGAGGACACCUACUGAAGAUACUUAAUAGCAUGGUUGAUUCCAAAAAGACAACAGAAUUCUUCUAUGAUACAGCAGUCCGCUAUCGCAGUAUAUGCUACAAUGUGUUGGAGCAAUUUUAUUCUAAGGGCCGUCUCCCUUACCAAGGUGUGAAGGACAGCUGGUCAUCUAGUCAUGAACUUUCUCUAUUGAUUAACGAUCUUACUGCUGCGCGAAACAGGAUCAUUAUGUUUGCUGAACGGAUUGAUGAGUUGACAGCUGAAAAUGAGCUUCUGCAGCGCCAGGUGAAUCUCCAAGCCAGGAUCAGUUUGCAAGACUUGUCAUCGCUAGACAAAGAGGACUCAGUAGAGGCUCUAUAUGCUAGAUGCAUGGUUGCAGAGAGCUUAGCAUCCAUGUAUUCCUCCUUGCUACUACAGGGGCAUGGUCUUCGAUGCAAAGAGAUGGAAGAGUCCUUGCGGCUAUUUAAUGAGGAAAACGAUCUGUUACUGACCAAGGCUAUCCUUCAAACUAGCAAGCAAGCAUCGUCGACUACCCAGACAUCCUCUAUCUCGGUUAGAAGCAGCUCCCAGCAUGACUCUGCAGGCCUACAACUGGCAUUUCUAAGUAUAAAGCGAUGUGCAGAAGCACUGCUGGAGGGAGAGGCAUCUUAUCGUAUUUGCAACAGCCUAGCUCUCAUCCUAGAAAGUGAAACGCCCACAGAGUAUAGUUCUAGACUAGCUGCUGCAGGUAUCAUAUAUGAUGAGGUCCCACCGCAGCAGGCAGGCCAGAAUAGCGGCCCCAACUUUGUCCCGACAAAGCUUUCCGCUGUCGAGCAUGCAAGAAAGUCUCUAACCCAGCAGUCAGCGUGGCAGAAAGGCCGAGCCGAAGGUGGCGUCAUUAUUCGCCCCAGUGAGGGCCUCCAAGCUGAGCUUCAGGCAUGUUUUGCGGAAUCCAAAGCAUUCAAUAAUCUAUCAGCAGAUGAUAAGAAAGUUGAACUAAAAGCUCUUAAAUUAAGGCUUCAAGGGAUGAAGUCUCGAAUCUCUUCCCUUUGCGAAGGACUAGGAGAGAUUAUCACCUUACCUCCAUUGACAGACAAUAUGACAGGAGAUUUUUCUAGGCUAACAGUUCCUUCUACACAAGCAACCACUAAUGCUGGUACUUCGUUUUUCCAUCACACACUGCACGAGGAUGUUUCCAUGUUGGGGACCCAAGAGAAUGGAAUGCUCAUUCUUUCAUCUAGCAAGCGCAUUGUAAGCGCAUGCGAGAGGAGGAUCUCAACCUUAGAGCAGCUUAAUACUGAGCUAGCUGAUAGAAUUUAUCGUGAGGUUACUCGCUUAAGUCUUAAGUUGGGUGCAAUUCGCUUUAUCUGCUGCAAGAAGGACAAAAUCCGAUCCAAUCUUUCGAACAUUCGAUCAUUAUAUACUCAGGCACUACGUUCCUUCAAGGCUACGGAAGAGAGUCUUCGUCAACAGCUCAUUGAAGCAAAAGAGACAACUACAAAGCUAGAAAAGGAAUUACAGUUAUAUUCUACGAAAAAGGAAACUUUUUCUGCUUCAGUUCAGUGUGACAUUUUACAAGGAGCUGAGUAUGAUGCGUUAGUUGCCUCAAUUAAGACAUUAAAGGACGAAAAGCAAGAGCUUAUGGACCAGGUCCUGGCUUUGCAAGCUGAAAACACUAGCUUACACAAUGAAUGUACAGACAUGGCUGGUCUGCGUGUUCGGCUCCAGAAACUUUAUAAUGCUUACACAGGGUCUGCGCAAGGUUGUAAAGCAAUUAUUGAGAGCUAUGCGGUGGACAUUGAGAAGUGUAUUCAGUACCAUAGGCUCCAAUCUCUUCAUACAACACCCACUGAACAUGGUAGAGGUGCCAGUGCUAAACUAUCAAGUCCUGAGAGGCAAUUUGAUGUACAGGACUUGCUUUUAUCAGGCGUUCGUGUAGAGCCGGAAGGUGCUACUGAGGCAUGUAAGGUACGGCUUGGAGACACUCUUGGACGCGUCUUCUCUAAAUUUAGUCGCAUGUCCGAUCGCUUUACUAUAUUACGUGAAAAAGUACUGCAACUCCAGCAGGAGAAUGAGGAUCUGAGAGAAAAGCUUUUCUCAGCUUCCAUGCCUACCAAAGCCGAACAGCAUCAAGUUGGGGAUAAUCUAGGUGAAAGACCGUCUAGCAGCCUUCAGAUGUAUUCUGAUUCAACUGGCGAUGAGAAACUUAGCUUAUCAUUUCUUGAUCUGUUAGAAACUGCAAAUGGACCGAUGAGCGCGUCAUCUGUUCAGAAUCUUAUGCGGAACAAGAUAAGGCUUCUCCAGGAAGAACUGUUGUCUGCUAAGAAGCAGAUCUCCGAGUUCUCUGGAAGUCAAUCUGAUCGCACUGCCAGCUCCAUUGGAUGUCAGGUUAGUCUGGUCAAUUUAGACGCCCCUAUGGAUUCCUCUAUUACAACUCCUGCAAUGCUCCACUUCGUGCGGUCGCCUACAUCGCUAAGAAGGAGCGACACCUUUGAUAAAACGGUAACUGUAUCAGUGCAGACUAUGAUUGUUCAUACCUCCUACAAGUCUUCCCAAUCAGAACUAUCUCACAUGGAUAUUGUCUCGCGAAUUGAAUAUGAAGACUUGGCCAAUAGGAUGCACAAUCUCUCUGCACUAAAUAGCAAGGUCAACACGUCAAUGCCUCCAGAUGUUGCAUUGUCCCUGUAUACUGAUAGUAUCACAACCAUGGCUACUGGGGUCGGAACCCAAACCCCUCGGUUUGAGUGCCAAGACUGUAAAAACAUGCAAGAUAUGCUGACUGCAGCUCAGAUAGAAGUGGAAGAACUCAAGGAAGAAAUGAAAAUAAAAGCUAGGGAAGCAGAUUGCGAACUGCUGCAAGUGAGGGCAAAGCUAGAGUCUGCGAUGGAAAGCAUACAGAUGAAAGUUGAUAAGUGUAAUAUGCUAGAACGGCUUUUACGCGACGAAAAUGCUAAAGUGCAAGGAUUUAUGCAGCAAAUAGCCGAUAUGCAGGAGCGAGAGCGCUCUCACGAAGGUGCACUGUCCAACAUUCAAGCAAUGUUGAAGGCUGAACACGCUAACUCGCUGGCCAAAAAGGACAAGAAGCUCGCAGAGCUCCAGAAAAACCUUGAAGGGGUUGUCGCGGCAAACGAAAAGAUGCAGGCGAAAAACAAGUCUCUACAUGCAGACGUAGUCCGACUCAAGAAGGAUCUCGAUGCUCGACGAAGUACGCCGUCUACAAAGAGCCCUGCUGUACUUGCUAAGGCCGAAGAAGUGGAGGCCCUCAACAAAGAGCUGACUGUGGCCAAAGGCAGGAUCAGAACGCUGGUUUCAGAAUUACGAGCUGCCAAGCAAACCAUCCAACAACAACAGAAGCAGCACGAGGCAUAUCACUCUCAUCCUGCGCUACAGCCUUCUCCACGAGUAGACCUCCAAACACAGCCACUGCGGCCACAGUCUGCGCGUGCACCCUACACGCCCAGUGGUUCAGAGUACCGCAUCCCAGCAAAAGACCGGCCGUUACCUCGAUCCAAUUCUGCGGGGUCGUUUACUCUCAGUAGAACCCCAGUUGAUCCCGGCCCGAUGCUAGCUAGCCGCGAACCAAUCUCUCCGCGGCUUCCAGGCUCUAUAGAACGCGCUGUUAAUAGCGAGCUACGAAACAUAGACUACAUGAUCAAGCAAUAUGAAAAGUAUCCUAAUUUAGAAGACACUGCCCCCAAUCGCAUAUACCACGAACCGACAAGCGGGUUAAUAUUAGACGAAUCCGAUAGGCGACAUCUCCUAGGCGCUCUAAGUGAUGAGGAUAUUUCUGCGAUCCUAACAAUGUAA